AAAUAAAAGUGUAAACAGCUUUCAACACUCAUGAUGACAUGACCAAACCAUUAUUCUAUUACCAAUAUAACCACAGCCUCAAGAACAACAAACUUCUUCUUCUUCUUCUUCCUCUUUCUUCUUGCACCAGGAGAUCAAUGGCUGUAGCAUGUUCUUCUUCCCCCCACAUCCCAAUUCUGAAAUCUGGUCUAGUCAUCAAUCCUAUCAGCAAAUCUCUGGUGGUUAAAUACAGCCAAGCUCCACUCAAGAAAGCACCUAGAUUCCAGAUCAAAUGUUCCAUCAGAAACAAGGUUUUUGAGGAUCGGUCUAAUGGUAUAAUCUGCUAUAGGGAUGACAGUGGGGAAAUUAUUUGUGAAGGUUACGAUGAUGGCCCUCGCUUCCAACAACAUACUCCAAGAACAGCUUGUCAUCCAAGAGAUGUCGAGAUCUUUGAUCUUCUUCUUCAGCAGAGUAGGCUUCAGAUGGUUAAAGGCAGUGGAUUGAACUAUGCUGAUGAAAGCGUUGCUGUACAAAAGGACUUCAAUUGUAACGGCUUUAACUCGUUCUGCUGAUCAAUACUCAACUCUUGUUAAUAAUAUAAAUGUCUCACCAACUCUGUGCUUCUAGUGUGUACAAGGCAGACAUAUACUUCAAUCAUAGAAUGUGAACAGAAGACAUGAAUGCACAUGUUUUAUAUUUGAA